UAGGGGGAGGUGUAUGAGAAAGAGGUUUGACAUCUCUUUCUUUUAUUCUCUCAAUUUGUCUGCUUUGAACCAAUCCAAAUCUUUUGAAUUUUUGAUUGGAUUUUUAUUAAAUGUUGUCUAUGAAUUGGCAUUAUGCCUUGUAAAUUCCUCUUCUCACCCCUUUCCCCUACCCUCUCCAAUAAAUCUCAACAUUUUAGUUCACAUGCCAUCUUUGAAUUUUCUCUCUUGAUCACCUAAUUUUGCUUCUUUGAAAAAUUCAGCUCCUUUUUAUAUGAAAAGUCAAAUUUUUCUCCAUUCAAAUCUUAUUUACUCAAGUUUUUGGGGUUUUAUCUACAGAUUUAGGUACCCAAUUGAGAGAUUUUAAUCAUUUAUUUAGCAAGAUCUUGGAUCAUACAGAUCAAUCUUUUGUUUCAACUCCAAUUACCCUUUAAAGAUUCAAUCUUUUUCUUCAUUUCCAAUACCAAAAUUCACAAAAUUUCAAACAAAAAAACAUUUUUUUUUUCUGUUUUUGAUUAAUGGGUAAUUGUUGUGUGACACCACCACCAACCCCAAGUAAUGAAAACAAGAAAUACAAAAAAAAGCCAAACCCUUUUUCCAUAGAUUAUGGGCUUAACAAUGGAGUCACCCACAAGCUAACUGUUCUAAGAGAGCCAACAGGGAGAGAAAUUGAGCUGAGAUAUGAGCUAGGCAGAGAGCUAGGUAGGGGUGAAUUUGGGAUCACAUAUUUAUGUACAGACAAAGAAACUGGUGAUCAAUUUGCUUGUAAGUCAAUAUCUAAGAAGAAGCUUAGGACAGCAGUGGAUAUUGAGGAUGUUAGGAGAGAAGUGCAGAUCAUGAAGCAUUUGCCUAAGCAUCCUAAUAUUGUGAGCUUGAAAGAUACUUAUGAAGAUGAUAAUGCAGUUCAUUUGGUUAUGGAGUUGUGUGAGGGUGGUGAAUUGUUUGAUAGGAUUGUGGCUAGAGGUCAUUACACAGAGAGAGCUGCUGCUGCUGUUACAAAGACUAUUGUGGAAGUUGUUCAGAUGUGCCACAUGCACGGUGUGAUACAUAGGGAUUUGAAACCAGAGAACUUUUUGUUUGCGAACAAGAAGGAGACUGCAGCUUUAAAGACAAUUGAUUUUGGGUUGUCUGUUUUUUUCAGGCCUGGUGAAAAAUUUAAUGAGAUAGUUGGAAGUCCGUAUUACAUGGCUCCUGAAGUUUUAAAAAGGAAUUACGGUCCAGAAGUAGAUGUUUGGAGUGCUGGGGUCAUACUUUAUAUCUUGCUUUGCGGUAUCCCACCCUUUUGGGCAGAAACUGAACAAGGAGUUGCACAAGCAAUCAUUAGAUCUGUUGUAGAUUUUAAGAGGGAUCCUUGGCCCAAGGUUUCUGAUAAUGCAAAAGACCUUGUGAAAAAGAUGCUUGAUCCUGAUCCAAAGACUCGGCUCACCGCCCAGCAAGUGCUAGAGCACCCUUGGUUGCAAAAUGCAAAGAAGGCUCCUAAUGUUUCUUUGGGUGAAACGGUGAAAGCAAGGCUCAAGCAAUUCUCUGUAAUGAACAAACUCAAGAAGAGAGCUCUUAGGGUAAUAGCUGAGCAUUUAUCGGUAGAGGAAGUUGCUGGCAUAAAGGAGGGCUUCAAAUUGAUGGAUACUAGCAAUAAGGGCAAGAUUAACGUGGAUGAGUUACGAAUUGGUUUGCAGAAACUGGGCCAUCAGAUUACCGAUAAUGAUGUUCAAAUGCUAAUGGAAGCUGGUGAUGUAGAUCGAGAUGGUCAUCUGGACUAUGGGGAGUUUGUUACCAUUUCUGUUCACCUAAGAAAGAUGGGCGACGAUGAUGAACACCUUCACAAAGCCUUUGAAUUCUUUGAUAAAAACAAAAGUGGGCAUAUUGAAAUUGAGGAGCUAAGAGACACCUUGGCUGAUGAAAUUAAUGAAAACAGCGAAGAAAUUAUUAAUGCUAUUAUUCAUGAUGUCGACACAGAUAAGGAUGGAAAAAUAAGUUACGAAGAGUUUGCUGCAAUGAUGAAGGCCGGUACAGAUUGGAGAAAAGCAUCGAGGCAGUAUUCACGAGAACGAUUCAAUAGUUUGAGUCUCAAACUAAUGAAGGAUGGAUCUUUAGUGAUGAAUGAGGGUAGAUGACUGAACAAGAGACAAUCAUAAGUUAAAGGAAUAUAAAGUACACUCCCAGUAAAUCUUUUCUCUUACAGAUUUUCUUUUAUUCUUCUUAAAUUUGGUUUUCUGGUAGCUAGGAUUUGGGUUCAUUGGUUGAUGAUCUUGUUCUUUGUUUUCUUCAUGAAUUUGCCAAGUUGCUUUGUGUUUGUUGUGAGAGAGUGGUGGGACAAAAAAAACAGUGGGUGAAGGCUACAAGGGGUGUUAUUUGUGAUUGUAAAUAUUGUUAAAAGGUGUUAAUUCCAAAAGGGAUGUUUUAUUUUUACAAUCAAAUACAAAAAGAGGUGUUUAUUUGUUCC